UCUAGCUGUUAUUAGCAGGAAAAUCAUGAAUUUUCUAUUGAAAUCGAUGUAGAUCACUUGGGAACAAUUUGGGAUAUUUUAGGGGCUAAUAUUCACCGAAUAUAUUAGAACAAAAGUUAAUUAUAGAAAUUGAAAUUACGUGGUGUGACUAAACAUAACCUAUCAUACAAAAGUCAGCGAACAACAACAACAAGCACUUUCGACACGUGAAUUCCACGAGAUAAUAUGGAAGACUUUGUUCCAACUCGUUGUGCCCAAGUGAACAAAAACCUUGCGAACGACUUCGUGAGUGUCAAGUACACAGCCCACAAGAAGAAAAUCCCAUCCCCAAACGACGAUUCUAAAAGCAAACUGGAGCCAGAUGCUGGCAAAACCUCGGUUGAGGACGCGAGACGUCAACAGGAGCGCGAGAUGAAGAGACUCCGGUGGGAUGUCAUGAAAUUUGGAACCUCUGGGUUCUCAGGGGCCAGGAAGAACAAGGCUAAAGUCGCUCUUGUCCUCCAGCUCGGUGGGAAACCAGUGAAAAGUCGGAAGAACGAGAAUUAUAGAGAACUUAAGGUGAAGAAGGCCAGGGAGAAGGCGAGGAUCGAGAGGAUCAAGAAGCGGGAGUCGGGCUUUGCUCAUAGUUUAGUUAAAGUUAAUGCUAAGACGAAGAGGAAAAAGGAGUCAGGUAUUUUGGAUGUCUAUGGGAAGGUCGAAAAGAAGAAGAACGUGAGGAGAUAAUUACAAUUAUUUUUUAAAUUUUAUUAUUAUUCACUAUCUACGAUUUUUCAAUUUUUUUUUCAUAGUCUUUUGAUGAUUUUUGGUAAAUUCAGUGAAAUUUAUUUUUAUUUUCGAGACAAUUCAAUUUUUUAAGAGAUAAAGAGUGAAAUUGGUUAUUUUUAUUGUUCAUUGCCAGAUUAUUUGAAACGUAAUUGAUUUAGAGAGAGAAAUUACUGAAAUAUUUUUUCGAAAUUCCAUAAACUGUGAAAAAAAAAUUAUUAAAAAGCUACAAAAAAUAAGAAAGUAGAUGAAAAUGAAGAGUCGAUCCCAAUUAUCUUUAAAAUGUUUUUAUUACUGAUCUACAAUCUCUCAAUUUCUCCGUCUCCAUAACUUCGUCAUUAAUUAAUCAUCACAUAUUGUAAUCUACCCGACAAACAACAAGUAAUAAAAUAAUAUACAUUUGUAUAAUA